GCCGCCGCCCCAGCGCCGGCAAAGAAGAUGAUGUUUCCAGCUCAGGCCGCGGCGCAGGCGGCUAGAAAUGCGGCCGUGGCCAGCGGGGACCGGCCGCCCCCGACGACGGACAGCUGGCACGAUGAGCCUCCCGUGCCCAAACCGACCGCUUCCCUGCGCCCGGGGGGCGUGAUGGGGCUCCGCCCCGGUGGCCCAAGCCUCCGCCCCGGCGGCGGAUCGGGCCUGCGCCCCGGAGGUGCUUCGCUAGGCGGCGGCGCGGGGGGCGGGGGGGGCGGGGCCGGCGCGGCCGGCGGCGGCGGCGGCGGCGGCGGAGGUGGCUCCGCGGGCGGGACGGCCCCGAGCCUCCCGCAGUGCAACCCGGCGAGGCCGAACGCGCCGGAGGUGCCCAAGGAGUACCUUGCGAUCGGCAAGGUCGAGAACGGGCGCAGGAUUUACUCGAAGAGCGACCUGAUGAAGUACUCGGGGUUGACGAAGAGACCGGCCGGGCUUCCGCAGUUCCCGAUCACCGCGGACACGGACAAGAACACCAGCAGCGGCGGCCGGGGCGGCGGCGGCUACGGCGGCGGGCAGCGCUUCGGCGGCGGCGGCGGAAACCGCGGCGGGGGCAGCUACCAGCAGGGUGGUGGGGGCGGCGGCGGUGGUUACCAAGGCGGGCAUGACGACCGGGGCCGCGGUGGCAGCGGUGGGCGGGGCGGCGGCGGCGGCGGCGACCCCCGCCAGGGCGGCGGCAGGGGCGGCGGGGGCGGCAGCUUCCAGGGCGGCGGCGGCGGUGGGUACCAAGGCGGCGGCGGCGGCGGCGGGAGUAACUGGAAGCGCGGCGUCGCUGCGCCUCCGAGGGAGCAGCAGGAAGACCGCCAGGGAGGCGGAGGGGGCGGGCGCGGCGGGGGCGGGGGCGGCGGAAGAGGCGGCGGGGGUAGUGGUGGAAGGGGCGGCGGUGGCGGGCAGUUCGUGCCCCUUUACUCCGGGCCGGUGGAGCCGCUCAAGAAAUCGGCGAACGGGUGGGCGCCGACGAAGGACGACUCUCAGGAGGCCAAGGUUAAGAAGUCGAUCCAGAGCAUCCUCAACAAGAUGACCCGAGAGAAGUUCGACAAGCUGGCGGACCAGCUGCUGGACCUCCCGAUGGACUCGCUCAAGAUGCUCCGCACCCUGGUGCAGGCGGUGUUCGACAAGGCGCUUGACGAGCCGACGUUCGUGGACAUGUACGCCGACCUGUGCGUCCGGCUGAACGAGAGGAGCACGUCGUGGGCCUUCUCGAUCUACAACGAGGACGCGAACCAAUGGGUGUGGACGGCCGAAGUAGGCGUGGAGAUGGAAGUGCUUGGACCCUUCGGCAGCGUUAUGGAGGCGAUGGCCAAGGCUCAGGAGGACGGCGCGGAGCUGAAGCCCAUCCCCCUCCCUUACGAGAUGGAGCUGGUAGAGAUGCGUAUCAAGGACAAGAAGUUCAUCAAGCUCAUGCAGGGCAAGGAACCCAGCCAGGUGGGCAAGUUCUACAUGGUGUUCAUGGACGAGCAGGUGGGCAAGCGGGAGUACCACGUGCCUGACCAGGCGUUCUCCAGCGAGGAGGAUGCUCUCUUGACCGCCGCCAAGAAGACCAACCUCCGCUCGCAGCUCCUCAGCUUCUGCCAGGCGGAGUUCGAGAAGGAAGACAUAUACGAAGAUCUGAAGCAGCAAGAGGAGAAAACCGACUUCAGCAAGAUGUCGAAGCAGGCCGCGGAGGCGCUCAAGGCAGAGUUCCACGAUAAGCGGUUUAUGACGAAGCGACGCAUGCUUGGCAACAUCCAGUUCAUUGGGGAGCUGUACAAGAAGAGCAUGCUGAAGGAGAACGUGAUGAAGACGUGCGUGGAGCACCUGCUCAACGCCAAGAAGGAGGUCGGCGCGGACAGGACGCUGAAGGCCCUCAAGUUCAAGAACGGGGACGUGGACGAGGACAACCUAGAGGCUCUGGGCAAGCUGAUCCGAACGAUCGGGUCGACGCUGGACACCAGCAAGAACACUUUGUACAUGACGGAGAUCUUCCGCCUCAUGGAUAAGAUCGCCAACAACAAGUCCAUCAACUCCCGCAUGAGAUUCAUGAUCAGGGAUCUGGAAGAGCUGCGGAAGCACAACUGGGUGCCACGGCGCAAGCAGGACAAGGCUAAGACCCUGGACGACAUCCGUAAGGAGGCGGAGGCGGAGGCCAGGGGCGGGGGACCCCCGGGGAGGGGGGGCUCUUCGCGCGGCGGAGGCCCCAGUGACUUUAGGGGCGGGCAGGGGGGACCGCAAGACGUUAGGGCAGCGAGGAGGGCGGAGCAGAGAGGGGGCGGCGGCAGCAGCCCGAUUGACGGCUUCCAACACCAGAGGGGCAGCUCCGACCGACGACACCAGGACUCGAGGUACGGCGGCCAGCAGCAGCAACAGCAACAGCAGCCGGGAGGAAGAGAUCCCCGCAGCUCCAGGCGGCUCGAGCAGCAGCAGCAGCAGUCCGCCCGCGCCGGUGCGGGGGGGGCAGGGGACCGCCGGGGCGGAGACGACCGGAGAGGGGGAGCGGGACCGUCGGCUGCGCCGACGUCGUUGGCGUCGCCGGCGCAGGUUGAGGAGCCUAGCGAGAAGCUCGUGAACAAGAUCAACGGGUUCGUGAACGAGUUCGUCUCUGAGAAGGACAAGGACGAGGCGCUCCUGUCUUUCGAUGAACUCCCGGCGGGACCUAUCCCAGAGACGGUUUCUAAGAUCAUCAUCGAGAAGGUGCUCGAAGGCAAGCCGGCCGAGAGACCGGCGAGGCUCGAUCUGCUGCGCUUGUUGGCGAGCAAGCAGAAGCUCCCGCAGGACGCACUCGAGCGCACGCUGGACCCGAUGAUCGAGUUCAUCACCGACAUCGCUGUCGACUCCCCGAACGCCGACAAACGCCUGGGCGUCUGCUUGGCGGUUCUGAUCUCGGAGAAGGCGUUGGUGUUCCCGUUCGUCACGCAGACCGUCCGGAAGCACUGCCCCGGCGCCCUAACAAAGAUAUUCACGGCCUUGUUGAAGGAAAUGCUGUCGACAGAAUCUGCGCUUGGCGUGCGGGAAACGUUGGAGAGCCAGAAGUUCUCGCUUCCAGAGCUCUUCCCGCAGAAGGCCGACGCCGUGAAUUACCUCGAGGCCGAGCAGCUGUGGGCUGUUCACCCCGGCCUUUGGGUGACGAGCAUCCUCGAGCCUAAGCUUGCGCAACGGCAGGACGGACCGAGCUUCCUGUCUUGGUUGCAGGGAACGGCGCCGGCCGACGUCCGGAAGCAGGCGGUGUUCGCGGACCAGCUGGCCAAGAGCAUGCUGACGGCAGACGGGCGCACGGCUCCGUCCGCUACGACGCUGCAGGCGCUGGAGUGGGUGUGCAAGGAGAGCGCCAACUCGCAGUCCGCCUGCCUCUGGGGGGUGUACCGUUUCUUCAUGGACGCGCCUAAGAACGUGAAUCAGGUCCCUAGCCAGCAGGCCGAGGACGCCUUAGCGCGCACUUUCGACAAGUUGCUAGAGAAGCACAUCGCCGACAAGGCGGCGCUGCAGGCGUGGUACCAGCAGUUCCAGACCAAGAAGGAAGACAGUAGCGCCACCGGGGUGGCCAGGAGGCCGCACCCCGUGAUGGAGGCGUUCUUCAAGAAACGCGUGUUGAACUGAGGGUUCUAGUUGUGGUGGCGGCGGCGACGGCGGCGGCGUCAUUGCUGCGUGGCACUGAUUUGGCUGGUGGGUGGAUGGGUGGGUGGGUGCAUGGGGUGCGCAGCAACAACAAUCGCAACACAAGUAUCUCGGAGGCGCUCUUUUCUCAGCUCGCCGCGCAUGCUGGGCUGGCUGUGGGCGUGAUAUGCCGAUGACGAGCGUUGUUCGGCCUCGGGGCGCGAUCAGUGUGCAAGAGCGGCAAGGCUUUAUGGCCUGGGGGGUAGCGUGCGAAGGUGUUGUGGUGAGGUCGGGGAGGCAGACAGACGCAGUUAUGGCGGCGUGUUUCGCUUACGCUACAGCGAUAAAAGGUGGAGGCACUGUUCUCCCCCCCAAGGGUGGUGUGACUUACGCCCCUCGGGGUCGUAAACUUCGGCAGCCUCGAGCAACAGGCAAGACAGAAACUCGUGGAAUUGAUCGCGUUGCUUCAUUUCCCUGUCUAUUACGCCCCCCGCCGCCGCCGCCGCCGCCUCCGAGACGUUGCGGGGGGGGUACUUUUCUCAGGGAGACCAGACAUUGAGACCCUCGGUUUACGCGUCCCACUCUAUUUCUUUGUCCUUAUUCUGUUUCUGUUCUUUAGGGUAGGGGCUGGGGGGGGGGCGAGAGGGACUCGCUGAGGGUUGUUGGGUGUGUUUUGGUUGGCAGGACCGUUGAGGCGCCUUGGCAAGGGUGCUCUUGGCGGUUUUGUUCAUCCUGGCGCAUUGUUUCUGUGUUUCUUCUCUCCGUGUUUCGUCGUGCGUUGUGGAAAGCAUGUCCGUGGUAUUCCUGCACAAGUGUGGCGUAUGCGGGGGGGGGGAGGGAGGAGCGGCGGGAAGACCGGCGGGAAGACCGGCGGGAAGACCGGCUGGGGCAGAGGUUGACCAGCGUGCCAAACGCCCGGUCGUGGUUCGUGGUUCUCCAGAGAGUGAAGAGACACCAAGGCAGGGUCUCAGGGCAUGUUUUUAUUUUAGCGGUGUCUUUGAUGGUUGCCUCUUUUUCCUCUCUGGUGGUUUCCGUUCUAAUGGGGUUCGGUUCCUCUAGUUGAGGAGUUGAGCCAAGGUCGUUUCGAUCACGGAGGGGAUGGGUGCGAUGAUGAUGCGUAAGUGGCUCCCUAUAUAACUAACCUACACGAGAGGUCUACAAGUCAACCAUAUCAACCAUCCGUUUGUCGCUUGAGGCAUCGCUGGUGGGUUGGCCUUGCGUAGUGUCGCUGCCGGUGUGCUCGUCAGCUGCACUUUUGAUCCAUGGGAUUGGCUACCCAUGGAAGGCAAGGGAUAGACCCGUUUGAGCCCCCAUGAACAUGCGGCGGUCGCUACUUUGCCUCUCACCGUUCCUCAGAAGUGUCACGGUCGAACAGAGGCUGGAAAAGGGGGGCGGGUGGGGCCCGAAGUGCGUCACGUAGUAGGUGGUACUUCGGUGUUGUUAUCUCUUGUGUUUUUGGCAUGUAGUGUUCCCCCAAUCGCGCUGUUUUUUAGGUGUUCUGGCAGCGAGUGAUGAAUGAGAUGGAUGACUCAAGCAACUUGUGUGCAGGCGGAUCAGGCCCAUGGUUCGCUGUGUGUGCUGCUUUUUUUUUUCGGUUUCCGGUGGGGCUGGGAAUUUUAAGAUGCACGGGUGGGGUGAAGUUUCUCAGGCAUGCAUCCCCACGAUUAUUUCAAUACAACCUUGAACCAGUCAACGCAUAAUUUCGUCUCG